UCCCGCCUCCGAGACACCGGCUGCGCGGGGGGCGGGGAGCCCGCUGCCUCGGUGACCGCGGACAACACAGACGCCUCCGGUUACCGGCGGUCCGGCCGGGCCUGCGGCCGCGGCCAUGGAGCACUCCCUGCACCGCGUCUCCCUGGGCAGCCGGCGCGCGCAGCCGGGCUGGUCCUUCUACCUCUCCACCUUCGGUCAGCUGAAGCUGUCGAUCGAUGCCCAGGACCGGGUUCUGCUGCUCCACAUCAUGGAAGGCAAAGGUCUGAUGAGCAGAGAGCCUGGCACCUGUGAUCCUUACGUGAAGAUUUCUCUGAUCCCCGAAGACCCCGGGCUGUGCUGUCAGAAGACACAGACAGUUCCAGACUGCAGAGACCCAGCCUUCCACGAGCACUUCUUCUUUCCUGUCCGAGAGGAAGACGAACCGAAGCGCCUCCUGGUCGCAGUGUGGAACAGGGCGGGCGACUCCAGACAGAGCGGACUCAUCGGCUGCAUGAGCUUCGGGGUGAGGUCUCUCCUGACUCCAGACAAGGAGAUCAGUGGCUGGUACUACCUUCUGGGGGAGGACCUGGGCCGGACCAAGCACCUGAAGGUGGCUAGGCGGCGACUGCGACCCCUGAGAGACCCGCUGCUGAGAAUGCCAGGAGGUGAGGACACUGAGAACGGGGAAGAACUUAAGAUCACCAUCCCGAGGGGAAAGGAUGGCUUCGGCUUCACCAUCUGCUGUGACUCUCCGGUCCGCGUCCAGGCGGUGGACUCGGGGGGCCCGGCAGACAGGGCGGGGCUGCAGCAGCUGGACACCGUGCUACAGCUGAACGAGAGGCCCGUGGAGCAUUGGAAAUGCGUGGAGCUGGCCCACGAGAUCCGAAGCUGCCCCAGUGAGAUCAUCCUGCUCGUGUGGCGCCUGGUCCCCCAAGUCAAGCCAGGACCCGAUGGCGGGGUCCUGAGGCGGGCCUCCUGCAAGUCAGCACACGACCUCCUGCUGCCCCCCAACAAGCGGGAGAAGAACUGCACCCACGGGGCCCAGGCUCGGCCUGAGCAGCGCCACAGCUGCCACCUGGUAUGUGACAGCUCGGAUGGGCUGCUGCUCGGAGGCUGGGAGCGCUACACCGAGGUGGCCAAGCGCGGGGGCCAGCAUACCCUGCCGGCGCUGUCCCGGGCCACUGCCCCCACCGACCCCAACUACAUCAUCCUGGCCCCGCUGAACCCUGGGAGCCAGCUGCUGAGGCCUGUGUACCAGGAGGAUGCCAUCCCCGAAGAAUCAGGGAGCCCCAGUAAAGGGAAGUCCUACACGGGCCUGGGGAAGAAGUCUCGGCUGAUGAAGACGGUGCAGACCAUGAAGGGCCAUGGGAACUACCAGAACUGCUCAGUCAUGAGGCCACACCCCCCACACUCAAGCUAUGGCACCUACGUCACUCUGGCUCCCAAGGUUCUGGUGUUCCCCAUCUUUGUUCAGCCUUUAGAUCUCUGUAACCCCGCCCGGACGCUCCUGUUGUCGGAGGAGCUGCUGCUGUACGAGGGGAGGAACAAGGCUGCCGAGGUGACGCUGUUUGCCUAUUCGGACCUGCUGCUCUUCACCAAGGAGGACGAGCCGGGCCGCUGCAAUGUCCUGAGGAACCCCCUCUACCUCCAGAGUGUGAAGCUGCAGGAAGACACCAGGCGGUGUGAGAACCUCCACUCCCGCCGCCCCACAGGAAGUCUUACAACUUCUCUGCCUCUGCCUUCCUCCUGCCCGCUGACCCGGGCAGCCACUGAGGGGAAACAGCAAGUCCCCUGGCUUGCGGGCCACCCCUUCCUCGGGGCGGGCACCCCUGGCCAAGGGCCUUCGGAAGACCUGAAAUUCUGCGUGCUGUACCUGGCAGAGAAGGCAGAGUGCUUAUUCACUUUGGAGGCGCACUCGCAGGAGCAGAAGAAGAGAGUGUGCUGGUGCCUGUCAGAGAACAUCGCCAAGCAGCAACAGCUGGCGGCCUCGCCCCCGCAGAGCAAGAUGUUUGAGUCGGAGGUGGAUGAGAAGAGGGAGAUGCCCUUGGAGGAAGGGAAGGGGCCAGGUGCCGACGAUCCCCCACCCAGCAAGGACCCCUCUCCUGGCCAGGAGCCUCUUCCGGGACAAGACCUUCCACUCAAUAAGGACUCCUCUUCUGGCCAGGAACCAUCUCCUGGCCAAGAGUCCCCAUCGAGCAAAGACUCAGCUUUCUGCAAGGAACCCCCACCACGCCAGGAACCCUCACCAACCAAGGACUCCCCCCCAUGCCCGGAACCCCCUGCAGCCCAAGCCCUCCCUCCCUGCCAAGACCUUCCUGCUAAGCGAGAACCCUCUCCCAGCCAAGACCCUCUACUCAGCCAAGACCUCCCGACCACCCAGGACCCUCCUGCUCAGGACCUUCCGCCAUGUCAAGAACUAGCCCCCAGCCAGGCCCCGCUACCAGCCGAGACCCUUGCGGAGACCACGGGCUCUGGGGACCCUCCAGCAGCCACCGGGGGCCCGCCUGUGGCCUCCAGGCCAGCCUUUGUGAUUCCCGAGGUCCGGCUGGAUAGUGCCUACAGCCAGAAGGCAGGGGCAGCGGGGGGCAGCUCCGGGGAUGAGGAGGAUGCAGAAGAGGCUGAGGAGGGGGAGGAAGAUGAGGAUGAGGAGGACACAAGUGAUGACAACUACGGAGAGCGCAGCGAGACCAAGCGCAGCAGCAUGAUAGAGACGGGCCAGGGUGCGGAGGGCGGCCUCUCGCUGCGGGUGCAGAACUCGCUGCGACGCCGGACGCACAGCGAGGGCAGCCUCCUGCAGGAGCCCCGCGGGCCCUGCUUCUCCUCCGACACCACCCUGAACUGCUCCGACGGAGAGGGCGCCACCUCUUCCUGGGCCAUUCCUUCGCCCCGCACCCUCAAGAAGGAACUGGGCCGCAACGGGGGCUCCAUGCACCACCUUUCCCUCUUUUUCCCGGGACACAGGAAGAUGAGUGGGCCCGACACGGUUGGGGACAAUGACGAAGGCUCCCGGAAGAGAAAGAGCAAAAACCUAGCCAAGGACAUGAAGAACAAGCUGGGCAUCUUCAGGCGGCGGAACGAGUCCCCCGGGGCCCAGCCAGCAGGCAAGGCAGACAAAGUGAUGAAGUCAUUCAAGCCCACCUCGGAAGAAGCCCUCAAGUGGGGCGAGUCCUUGGAGAAGCUGCUGCUUCACAAAUAUGGGUUAGCCGUGUUCCAGGCCUUCCUGCGCACCGAGUUCAGCGAGGAGAACCUAGAGUUCUGGCUGGCAUGCGAGGACUUUAAGAAGGUCAAGUCACAGUCCAAGAUGGCAGCCAAGGCCAAGAAGAUCUUCGCCGAGUACAUCGCAAUCCAGGCGUGCAAGGAGGUGAACCUGGACUCGUACACACGGGAGCACACCAAGGACAACCUGCAGAGCGUCACGCGGGGCUGCUUCGAUCUGGCGCAGAAGCGCAUCUUCGGGCUCAUGGAAAAGGACUCGUACCCGCGCUUCCUCCGCUCGGACCUCUACCUGGACCUCGUUAACCAAAAGAAGAUGAGUCCCCCACUCUAGGGGCCGCCAGAAUAGAGCUCAGCAUUCACACCAGGAGGGCUGGGCUUCCUCCUACGCCUCCCUCUCCCCUGCGACGGAGGAGGGGGCAGCCAAGCCCCCAGAGGCCACGUCUCCGGACAGACGGAUGGACAUUUGGACGAGAGGCGAGGCCCAGGCCACCGGAGGAGAGAAGGACUGGCCCCACUGGGUCCCCACUGCCUUGGUACGAGGGGGCUCGAGGGCCCCGGCAGGUCGGGGGCCCUGGCGGCACCAGAUCCGGGGCUGCCGCUCCCCACUGCGGAGACCUCCCGUCGACCAAGCUCCUUAAAGAACUGGCUGGUGGGGCGGGGGCACGGCCGGGCUCCGGGGCUCUCCAGAAGCCCCGGAGGACCCCCCGCCUUGAGUUUUAUUUAUUUAAACAGUAGUAGGAUGCUUGACACGUCUUCCUGUAACAGGAAACCGUUGCCUCAUCAGUUUUCCUAAUUGACAAGUGCAAUAUUUUAACCAACGCCUUGUGACCAAGCCGCCUUGCCGAGAAAGGUGGGCAUCAUUUUCCAGGUUCAGGGGAGGUGCCGGUCCCAGGCACCAGCCAGGGGCAGGCAGCCGGGCCUUCCCGGGCCGAUGAGGCCUGGAGGAGCGGGCGAUACCGUCUGCCCUCGCCCAGGAACCCGGCGCCCUCGAGGACGGAGGUCCCUGAGGGGCCCUGGGAAAGCAUGGCACUCUCAGACCACACAGCAGCCACGUUCUGGAGCAAAUAAAAGGCCUGUGUUAGUUCUUG